CCGCGCCGCGCCGCGCCCGCUCGCUACCGUCGGUCGGUCGGUCGGUGAGGUGAGGUUAGAGAGAGCCCAGUCGGCCAGUCUCUACCGUCACGUUAGCGGGCCGCCGCGCGAGCCUCCGCUCCGCACCGAUCCACACGAGGAACGAGCCCAGUCGCGCGCGCGUGUGUGUUGUGUUGUGCUGUGCUGUGCUGUUUGACAACAUCGAACGGACGGUCGUAUCAUCGGCGCGUGUCAGUGUGAGUGCGUGCGUACGUGCGUGCGUGUGAGUGAGAAGGUAAUGGUUAGCGGAGGUUAGGUUCGUGCGCGGAGAGCGGGCCGCCGCCGCUGCAAGAUACGUGAGUGAUACAUACAAAAGGCGGCAAAGUGAAUGUGAAUGUGCACAGCAUAGUUUCAUGUGCGUGCGUGCGUGUGCGUGUGUGUGUGCUGCACAAUAAACAUAAUCGGAUCUGCCGAGCAGCCCAGCCUUGGCAGGCCGGCCGCAGGACGCUUAUCGAGUUACACACCUGGUCUUGGCCGCAAUCAUCGAAGCCAUCAACGCCGCCGCCGCCAGCACCAUCAUCUCGCGAGGCGUGCGCAGCAGAGGUGUUGUGCGGCGCGCUCCGGUUGAGCUGUUGCCUUGAGGCUGGCUGCUGAAGGACCUCGCGGACCCGCGGUGGACCCGUGGACGUCGUGGUGCUAUAGCCCCAGCUUCCGCGCUAUCGCCUGCGGGAUGCCCUGGUGGUAGCCAGCGCACGCGCCCUACUGCUGCUGCAAGCUGUGUCCUCCCGUCGGCGUCGACACGGCCCUCAUGUCCUCCACGGUGGCUGCCCACCGCCCGGGACUAGGAUUCGACCAGGACCUCGGCGGCGGCGAGGUGCUCCGCUGGCCGCGGCCCGAGGCUGCUCGCCACCACCACCACCACCAGCUCCACGUCGAGGAGGACGUGACCGUCGAGGCCACGUCCCGCGCGCCCCCGCCGGCGUCCGCCCUGCCCGUCAUGGACCUCUCGACGAGCGUCCGCCCCCGGCAGGUCCACGACGGCCUCGGCCAGGGCGCGCGGCCGCCGUCGCCGCUGCGCUCGGCCGCCACCCUGGACCACACCCCCGUCGUCGGGCGCGUCGCCAAGUCCGUCUUCUCCAUCCGCAGCCUGGUAGGGGGGGACGCCAAGGAGGACGACGCCGAGGACGAGCCCAGGACCACGCCCCCCGACGGCUCCGGCGGGGACAACGGCGCCUCGGACGACAGGCCGCCCUCGUCGAGCCCUCGGCAAGAGGAGAAGAUAGCGGACAGGCGUAGUCCCAUGGGAGUGUCCGAGGUGGAGGUGGGCCCGAUCGGCCCCGUGGUGCCGCCCGGCGGACGGCCCGCCGCCGCCCUGGAGGAGGACGUCCGCGCCAGGAGCAGGGGCGUCAUGGGCGCGCUGCCGGGCCCGCUGCCGCCGCCGCCGCACCUCAACGGCCACCUCCUGCCGCCGCACCUGCAGCACCAGCUGCACCUCCAGCACCUGCAGCCCCACCUGCAACAUCUGCAGCACCUGCAGCACCUCAGCGUGCACCGGAGGCACCCCGACGACGAGCGGGGGUCUCUGACGUCCCUGCCCGUGGACUUGGGCACGCGGGGGGCGGUCACCGGGGGCGGCAGCGAGGGCGGCGCCAGCCCGUCGAGCCCCGGUCGGGAGGCGGCGCAGGCCACGCACCACCACCACCAGCACCACUCGCCGCCCGGCGCGCCGCCCCCACAGCGCUCGCCCGCCUCGCCGCAGCACUCGAGCCCGCCGCCCUUCCUGGACGGCAGCGCCGCGUCCACGGCCUCCGAGGAGGCGGCCGGCUCCGGCGAGGACGUGGACCCGGAGGUGUCGGCCGCUGACGACUUCCCGCCCAAGAGGAAGCAGCGCCGCUACCGCACCACCUUCACCAGCUUCCAGCUCGAGGAGCUCGAAAAGGCGUUUGCCAGGACGCACUACCCCGACGUGUUCACCAGGGAGGAGCUGGCCAUGAAGAUCGGACUGACGGAGGCGCGAAUCCAGGUCUGGUUCCAGAACCGUCGCGCGAAGUGGCGCAAGCAGGAGAAGGUGGGCCCCCAGGGCCACCCGUACAACCCGUACAUGCAGGGCACGGGGCCCGCGCCGCCCGCCGCCGUCAUGGCCCCGGCGCCCAUGCCCAACCCCUUCACGCACUUCCCGCUGCGGAAGCCCUUCGAGCCGCUGCGCUACCCGCCGCUGGGCUACCCGCUGCUGCCGCCGCGCGCGCCGCCGCACCACCUGCCCAUGGGGCUGCCCAUGCCGCUGGGCUACUCGCCCGCCUCCUUCCAGAGCCUGCUCGCCAACAUCUCUGCCGCACAGCAGCAGCACCACCAGCAGCAACAGCAGCAGCAGCAGCAGCAGCAACAGCAACGCGGGGCGCAGAAGGGCGCCAGCGAGGAGUUCCAGCACGCCGCCGCCAUCCUGGCCGCCAUGUCGCCCCCGGACGGCGCGGGCGGCUCUACCCCGCCGACGCCGCCCACCUCGGGCCCGCCCCCGCCCGCCCCGGGCUCGCCCCCGGGCGGCGCCGCCCCCGACAUCGACCGGAGAUCGUCGUCCAUCGCGGCCCUCCGCCUCAAGGCCCGCGAGCACGAGAUCCGGCUGGAAAUGCUGCGGAAGACUGGCGGCGACCUGGUCAGCUAGUCGAAGACCCUGUCCUUUGAUGUCCUCGGGACAGCCACCACCGUGGUGGCUGCGGUCCGCUGAGCCUCUUGUGAUAUUCUAACGGGGCGCAUGCUUGCUGGGCCGCCAGCUGUUUUUGUUGAUGUGUGACACUGCAAUGCAUGGUUAAGCAGUCUUAUUUUUCGUUCGUGAAUUUUGAAAACAGCCACCUAAGACGCGUUCCACUGGAGAGGUUUCGUGGUGAAACCGUUUGGCUGUGCUAGCUGAAGGAAGUGCAAUACGUAGUUAUAAGCUUUUCAUUUAAAUUGUUUCUCAAUGUAUGUCAUUACGUUGGUUUUUAUUGUUUUACAUUUUUAAAAGUGUAAAUGUUUGUUGUUGGAUGCGUAUAGAAUCCUACAAUUCUGUUGACGAUCUGUACUUAUUUAUUGUGAUAAUACCAAAUUAUUGGUAUAGUGUGUGUCACAGUCCCUAGAUUAAGUUGUUAUGGAUUUUUAAAUAUAAUAAAAAAGUAUAUAUUGUAUCUAUAUAAAAGUAUAGAAAUGAAACAGUAUAACACAAUGUAUUACACCCACGGUUCCGUCCAUUUUCUGUAUGUGAUUUAUGAAUACGUGAAUCAGUAUUUUAUUAUUUAUUAGUGGGGAAAUUAUCAUCAUUUCGAUGUGUACCUGACGGAGCUCCUUACCAUUACAUGUAUGUUUAUCCGCAAUUUGUUAAGUGGCGAUUAUUUUUCUUUUUUUUGAUCCGGUUAUUGUUCGCAUAACUGGGUAAAACUCAAAGAGGGCACUUUAGUCUAUAUCCCUGUACACUGAUCAACCAUUCAAAAGAAAUAUUAAUUUAUAAAGUUAAAUGAAAAAUAAAUACUUUACUAUAAAACUUC